CAGUUCAAAGGUGAUGUUCCGUCAAACAACACGUCUCGUAAAAUUUCACUAAUCACAAUCGACGUCAUUUGGGGGAAACAUUCGUCGUAACUUUUCAUAACCCGGAACCACCCCGUUAAAAUUUCACUUUUUUUUCACUGGCAAACAAAAUCGCAAGUUCAGUCAAUAUUGGUGAAGAAGAUCCUUACAGACAGUGAAAUAAUGGAAAUCCGAUAAACAUGUCACGUCGCACGGUGACCUAAAACGUAAAUCGAAAUUUAACUUGUCCCCGCCCAGCCCGAAACAUCCUUGCCGUCCGACUUUAACACACUUUUGGCCGGUUCUGGACGGAGGAUGCGCUGCAGCAUAUAAGUGAAAUUUGCAAUAAUUUUGAGGUCAACGACGGCGAGGACUUAAUUUGCGUCAUACGCAUGGAGAACGCAUCGUCCCAAAUAUUUAUUUUCAGUUUUUUUUUGUCAGAGGCUGAGCGAUGUCCAAGAUGCGCAUGGUUGUUGCACUUUGCCGCGGUAUGUGAAGCUGAAUCUGGUUUUUUUGGCUUCUUGCUGGGAUAUUCCGGACGAAACCACACAUUUUCUGUUAUUUAUCACUGAAACUGGGCAGAAUUUUGUAUAAAUGACUGGUCGACACGUACCUGGGCAAUUUAUUUUGGAAAAUCAACAAGUACAUGUACGCAAAUACGCAAGGUUGUCUUCGCGUCCAGUUUCAAGUGAAAACGAAACCGAUCAAAUCGAGGAAUGAAAAUAAAGUCGAACAUUUCUAUAAAUGAAACCUGUCUCUCCCGUACACGUUGGUGACGCGAUAGAAGAGUGUCACCGCUCGACGAUCAACUACAAUAGCCUCGCCCUAAGAAUAGGAUGGAAAUACGAUGGUGCUGGGCAGCGUUCAUUCUGCUGACCGUGGUAACACACAAUCCGGCCAGUUCCACCGAGGACAGUCGGCAGCGGACAGCGAGUGCAAGUGCCGAUGACAGCACUUUAGAAAAGCGUCGGGACUGGGACUCGUUGAAGUCUUCGACAAACCUACCCAAGUCAUCGUCGAUUGAGUCCAAUUAUAAUUUGGAUGAAAUAAUUGCCAACCGAGAGACGGUUGCAGCCAGCAGCGUGAAAAAAUAUCUGAAGAAGGAAUCCAAAAAGCACAGGAAAAAGUACGUUUCAAACGAUGACUAUCGGACGACGCCGGAGUCGGAGGCGAUUCCCGAACACAGGGAGGAAUCUCCGGAAAGUGGUGGCAGUAAGGCAGAUUCGGAGAAACCGCACAGCCGCAAGAAGCGGUUAAUUUGGGUGACGGACGAUGGUCGCUUGGCACUUCCCCCGGGCACCUCGCUAACCAUUGCACCGACCAUUGCGUUGCCAUUUGUGCGUUACCCGCCGACGGGUUUUCUCUCCAACAUCUCAAUCAGCUUGCCGGUGACCAUUGACUUCGACAAGCUCGGCCUAACGGACAACCAGAACCCGCUGGGAGUGCUUCCGCCGUUGUUUGCCCGCUCAAUGGGCCGUGCCGCGGGCAGCAUUCUGGCGGACUAUGUGUCUGAUUACAUGCGCAUCCGGCGGCGACGAAAACGGAGCGCCACGGCCUCGACAACCUCGUCGACGCAGGGCAACGCCAACUUCAAGAUCAUCACCAGCACGCUGGACGAUGGCACCGACCCGACCAAGUUGCCAGACCUGCCGGAGGAGCACAAACAUGCGUUCCACGGGGGAGAAAGGGCGUUGCUUUACUCGGUGGUUGAAGACUUUAUCGCCAACUUUGGAGUGGACGGAAAAGCUUGCAUGUUGCGCGCCAUUUGUGAGGUCCACUCGAAGCCGAUGGAGAAGUUUGGAUUGGUUGGCGAGAUUUUGAAACUCUUCUUCACCGCAUCACUGUCUCCCUACUCGGAGCAUCUGGACGAGUACGUUUCGGCGGAACAGAUUGGCAAGGGAACCGCUGGCCCGGGUGAAUGCUUCCCAUACUACAAGGAUUGUCCGAAAAGUUUGUUUCGCGUGGCGAAUAAUUUUCAGAAGCAACAGCAGCACCACUAUGCGGAGGCGGAUUCGACGGUGGCAGACAGCGAAGGGCUUUACGACGAAAUCUACGAAAACAGUAUAGACGAUCUGGAGCGAAAAAUUCGCAGCGCAAAGGCGUCGCAAGGCCACGGAUCGUCGUCGUCAGUAGAUUCCAAAGAAGAAACCGUCGUACAACUGGACGGUAACAUAAGUAAGUUGGUGAUGUAGGAGAGGAUGCUGUUGUUAGUAACUAUGAAAUUAGCUUUGUGUGAAAUUGUUUUUCGCUUUUCGAAAUGUUUGCUCUUUUCAAAAGGAGAUCACAGACAAGCAGAUGCAUAAUGUGGUGGGUCGAGAAGUCUUUUGAUGGUCAGUUGCAAUUAUGAUGAAGAAGGAAAGAUUGUAAUAGAAGACAAUGAGAGUCAUUUUUAAGCGAUCUAACACAUUCGAUCUGCUUAUCAACUGAUCGAGAGUAAAUAUCACGAUUAAACUCAGUGCAUUUACAGUUUAGGAUUUAUUUAUUUAAUUUAUGCUUAAUUUAUAUGUACGGUAAGUGCGAUACUGUGUACGACAUUGAGAUUUCAUAAUGAUAAGCGGGAAUAUCAUGUCCAUCAAUAAAUCGUUCUCAGCUGCUGUGUAUUAUGUGUCCAUAUUGUGUAAGUUUGAGUAACUGAUGUAUAUAGCCUAAUAAAAAGUCAGAUAGUUUCUACAA